GAAUAACCCAUUAAAAGGGAAUAAUUAUCCAUAACAAAAAUUCCAUUAAUUAAAACCUAAAGCUAGAAACUACGGAGUAGUAAAAAGUGUAGUCCGCAAUAGAAAUUAAAAUCAAUGAAAUUAUAAUUGGGUUGUUCGGCGGCCCGGUCCAAAGAACAACAUACGAAGUACUCCGUAUAUAUUAAGACCGAUACCUAAUCCGGGCACGACUAAUUUAGUACUGCCGUUUGUUUUCGUUAAAUCCGUAUUAGAUUAAACUGCUUCUCUAAUCAUCGCCACCGACUUCAUUCAAGAAACAGAGGACUCAAAUGUGUGGGACUCUCGCCGCCGAUUACCAACUCCGCGAAGAGAUUGGCCGCGGAAAUUUCGCGACGGUGUACCGCUGCUUCUCGCCGUCCACCGGCGAUUUCUUCGCCUGCAAAUCCAUCAAGAAGAGCCUUCUCGCCGACCGCCGUUUCUUGGAGCAGGAGCCUAAGAUUCUCAUGCAGCUCGCCGGCGCCCCCAACAUUCUCCGCCUCUUCAAGGUGUACGAGGACGAGGAUUCUGUCCACCUCAUCACCGAGCUCUGCGACGGAGAAGACCUCUACGAGCGCGUCUCGCGGGGGGCAAUGCCGGAGCCCUGUGCGGCUAAGAUUUUCCGGCAGCUCACGUCGGCGAUCAGCUGCUGCCACCACGCCGGGAUCGCCCACCGUGAUGUGAAACUCGACAACGUGCUGUUCGACUCGAUGGGGAAUCUGAAGCUCGCCGACUUCGGGUACGCCGCCGUGUUCAGAGGCGGCCGGAUGUCGGAGUUUGUGGGGACGCCUUACUACGUGGCACCGGAGAUUUUGAUGCGCCGGGAGUAUGACGAGAAAGUUGACGUGUGGAGUGCCGGCGUGAUUCUGUACAUGAUGCUGGCCGGAGUUCCGCCGUUCCGGGGCGAGACUACGGCGGAGACGUUCAAGGCAGUUUUGAGGGCAAAUUUGGUAUUUCCCACGAAGUUAUUCCGGUCAGUUUCUCCGGACGCGAAAGAUCUGCUGAGAAAGAUGAUCUGCAAAGAUCCUUCUAAACACUUAUCUGCAGACGAAGUAUUAAAACAUGCAUGGAUGAUCAAUGGUGGAGAGACAGAGUAGAAGAAGGAGAGCUGUUUGAUUUCUGGAUGUUAGAUGAAGGCUUUUUUCCAUCCAGUAGUUGAAGUAUAAGUUAUAAUGUUCAAGGAGCUGACCUUGAUCUAUAUCAGUUUGACCAACUCCAGUCAAAGGGGUGAAGCACUUUUUUUGCACUCCACCCUCACUAUCAUAUAUGGUGAUUUUAACAUUCUAAUUAGGAUAUGUUGAGGGUAAGUCCCGUAGAUCCGAAAGCCCAACAUGAACUUUGGAUAUAUCAGGAAUGACCCAGAAUCAAGGUGUACGAGAAAAUAUUAGAUCUGAACUAACUAAAACUCGAAAGCUCACUUGUAUUAAUUAACCAAUCUGAUUACAAGGGAUUUCCCGAUCGAUAAGUCGGAAACUAUGCCUUAAUACAAGAAAUAAGAGCAAAAGAUGCUAUUCUAGAGCUUGAGUAUUGAAAUGCUAACCCUUACAAUGACUUGAAACCUUCUAUUUAUACUAAUGGAGAGCAUGGGCUGCCUCUUGCUGAUUGGCCGUUGUUCCACCGACUUGGUCAUCCAUGCUUCCACUUGCUGAUGUCACAGUCUGACAUUAACUGCACCUGGCCACUUGCUGGUUGGCCGUUGCUCGAACGGGAUGUUGGUCCAUACUGAAGAAGCUGUCAACUUGGCCCAGGUAUAGUAAAUAGUCCGAACCUCGUUCGGUAUGUCUUCUUAUUGGGCCAACCUUUAUUUGGGCCGAACCCCGUUCGGUAUGUCUCCUUACUGGAUCUUCUCAUCAUAGAGUGAUGGGCCUGUUACUUGGGCCGAAUAUCUUGGGCCUUCUCGAUCUGGGUAUUGGGCCUCUAGGUCAAUAUCCCAACACAAGUCCCCCACUUCCGAUGUCUCGAACGAAGUGAGUGCAUCAGGAAGUAUACCAAUGUCACAAUACCCCGAAUGGCGAUCGGGGUACAGAAGUAGCCAGUUCCCCAUGCUGCGAUUUGACGGCUGCCGCUUCAUUUCCCCAUAUUCAUCAUGAUAACCGUCGUUUAGUCUUUUCAUUAGACGCGUGUCUAGCUUAAAUGCCCGUAGUGAUGUGUCGCUCUCUGAUUGGCUCUCGACACGGCGGUUUCAAGGCUAUAAAUUAACCCUUAAUUCCUCAAUUCCGGGUUUUCGACUCUGCAAUUCCUUGGCCUUCGUUGUUUUCUCUGCAAAUUUCCCUCUGCUUUCCUUGCUCAGGUAACUUCCCAACCUUGGAUUCCCCACCUUCAUUUCUGGCUUCGAUCGAGAUGAGCCUCACAGAGCAUUCUUCUGAUUCGGAGAUGGCCUCUCACGGGGAUGACCGUGACAACACCAUGAUAGACGCCAUCCCAGUUCCGUUUGCCGGUGUUUCUACCGAGAUGGCGACGAAUACCAGGGCUGAGGCGGAGGACCUCCCUAGCACUUCUUCUUCCUCUAGUGAGGAUUCUGACGACACCAAGUCUGAGGACGAAUUGGCCUCCAUGGCGGCCGGACGUCCCAACGAUGUUCCUCGCCAUACUCUUGACCUAAAAUUGAUUAGGGAGAGGAGGCAAAAAUUGACCUCUCACAAUAGGGCCGAAAUCCCGGCCCUUAUCCCUGACCCGGUGGAUUUCCGUUUGCAAGCCGGGCUUCAUCCGAUGCGUCAUAGGCCCGGAAUGACCAUAGUCCACUUUGACUCAAUUAGGGCCGGCCUUAGAUUUCCGCUACACCCUUUCUUUAUUUCUUUCUUCAAUUUCUACGAAAUUGUACCGGCCCAGAUUAUGCCGAACUCUUAUCGGGCAAUGACGGGUUUCAUUUGUCGUUGCAAAGAUGCCGGCGCCCGACCAACCUUAGAACUCUUCCACCAGUUUUUCAAAGUAGCCCCCCAACAAACCCACGGCUAUCUGGCCACUAGUGCCCGAACGGGACACAUCCUGUUCAAAGGAAACCCAACUUCGAUCAAAGGGUGGAAAGACCGGUUUUUCUUCGUGUCCAUCCCGGACGGUCUGAUUCCCCGCAAGUGGAAUGCUUUUCCCCGCAAGACCCCUGAUCCUGUCCUGACUGAAGAAAUCUACAAGGACGUGCUCGCUGUGGAGAAGGAUAAAUGCAUGGACAUCAUGAAUUAUCUAACCCCCGAACGACUUAUAACAGCCGGGAUAGGUACUGCCCGUUCUCUUGGGUUUACUUGUUUUGAUAAACCAAGUGCCUUGGUCCGGGCGGUCCUUCCCGUGCGAGAAACGUUCCUUUAUUCUUUUUUAUUUAGUUUCCCACACGCUAGGGCCGCUCGAUACUAACAUUGUUCUUUGCCUUUUUUCAGCACCCAACCCAGAUCUUCCCAUGGAUGAUAGCAGAGUCAUCGCAGCCGGUGGGGGCGGAAAACGGAAAAAAUCCCGGAAGAACCCCCAACCUACUCCCACCAUCGUUCCCGCUCAGGAGGCUGCCCCUUCUCAAUCGCUCCCAGAACCUCAGCCAAUUCAGCAGGUCCACCAAGAUCAAAUAGAGGCCAUGCUGCUUGAUGAUCGGUUUGGUUCUGACCAACUGCACCAAUUUUCCCAGCAUUUCGACUCCGUUCGGGGGGAAUCCUCGAAUGCUGGUGAGACACAUACCGACCACAUUACGGGUCAGGUCGAACGGAUCUCCCUAUCCGACCCUGUUCACGAGGUUUUAGAGAGGGCUGGAUCUACUGCGAGCCAGAUCUGGUCUACCUCCUCCUGGUUUAACAACUUUUCCCUCCCUCAGUUGCCGGUCGAGCAAUCUGAGGAAUGUUUGGCUCUGACCGCUCUGAAGGUACGUUGUCUCUUGUGUUUUGUCUUUACUUUAUUCCCCGUAACCAGUACUAAUCCUCGAACGACAUUCUGUAGAUGGGUUUGUACACCCUUCAGAUGCGGGAGGCCCGCCUGGCCAAGGAGCGGGGACUGAUCGUUGCCCAGUCUUCUGCUGAGCAACAUGCUGCUGCUGCCAUCGCCUCUCUGGAGGCCGAACGGAAAGCCUUUGCGGAGGAAAAGCAGAGGCUGGACGCUGAACUUGGUACCCUCCGGGUCCAACUUGCAGCUUCCCAGGCGAAGGUCCUUGCCGCUGAGGCUGCCCAGGUCAAAUUUGAAGAGAUGCCAUCCAGCAUCCCGGACGGUCCUUAUGAAGUGAGCGUGGAUCUGUCCGCCGUCCGGGAUACGUUUAAAUCCUCUGAUGAAUUCUCCAUCAUCAAGGAUGAACACGCAAGGGCCCAGAUCCCGUUCGCCUUUGGGGCGUAUUUAAAGGGUUUUCCCAAAGGCGCCGGCCGGCUAUCGGCAGGGGUGGCCCUCUUGGAUAAGGACCCGGAGGCCAAAAAAUGGAAUGAUUCCAUUGUCUCCGAUCUUUAUGGCAAAAUUGGCCAGGUCUUGCUGCGUCCCUUCGUCACUCAGCUUCAAACUCAAUUGGGGAGGCCGGUUCAGGCUUCUGAUCUCCCCUCAGAUGAUAUUAUCCAGGCGCAGUUUGAGAAAUUUCUGCGAGCCCAACAACGGGAAGCUGAUCGAGCUGCGGGAAAAGAGCCUGAACCCCCGUCUGAUGAUGAUGAGGAUGAAGAUGAAGAGGGAGAUGAAAUGGCCCACGAUCAAUAAUUCAUAUGUAUUGUAAUUCUUGUUUUAAUUUCCUUUUUUCCUAGCCUGUAUUUCCCGGUCAGUAGUACCGAUGAAUAUAUAUCCCUUUUUGCCUGAAACUUGGCGUACUGUCUUUUCUGUUUUUAAUGCAUGAUUUACUCGCCAUUCGGGAUUCGGCCUAUUUUGAAGGACUUAACCAAUUUCCCAACUUAUUUCUUGCUCAAACAAUCCUAACGUCGUUGAUCGCCGUUCGGGCAUUAGAAAGUUCUGAUGAUUUAAGGAAAAAACCCCUUCCCCCUGGUACUCAGCCAUUCGGGCUUCAUACCAAAUUUUAGGACUUGACACAUUCUUGCUUCAGAUAAUCUCUUACAACUUGAUAGCCGGUCGGGCUUCAGUUCAAUCCUAGGCUAUCUUUUUAUGACGUUGAUAACCGGUCGGGCUUCAGGUCAACUUUUAGGACUUAGCAGUUUUCUUCCAGAUAACCUUUUACAAUACUGUUGGCCGGUCGGGCUACAGGCUGACAUUUAGGACUUAGCAUUUUCUCCCCGAUAACCUUUUACAAUACUGUUGGCCGGUCGGGCUUCAGGCUGAUAUUUAGGGCUUAGCAUUUUCUUCCUGAUAACCUUUUACAAUACUGUUGGCCGGUCGGGCUUCAGGCUGACAUUUAGGACUUAGCAUUUUCUUCCUGACUUUUAGCAUUUUUCUAAACAGCAAGCCCCUGUGAUUUUUUCUAAUCCUCUGUAAGCCCGUCCGGGGUAUGUGCAUAAAAAAUGAAUCAUAAAUGCCCCAAAUUAAUCGUAACCACCCAAUGCCACGUGUUGCUCCUGGAUUAGGGAUUUGUGCGGUACUUUCCCUAUUUAUAGGGAGGUGCUUCCCCUAAUUUCUCCUGCUGUUUUCUCACUUUUCUUUCGAGCUUUCUCUCUCUAGAAUUCCUUUGCAUACUCUCAAGCCUUCUCUCUCUAGAGUUCCCAAAUUUCCUCCAGCGUUUUUAUGUACUACUCCUCUAGCUCAGAAUCUGAAGAGAUGCCUUUGAUUCGUAAGAGCAAAACAUCCACUGGUAAUCAGGCCGAAGGCUCUUCGUCCCAAACACCCAAACUUGCCAAUACUCAGGUCAGCAAACCUAUCGAACAGCCGCAGGAGGACGGAUGCCUGUCGGGAGAUGACCUUCAGGUUUAUAACAAGGGGAUGUCCGAACGGCCACCCCGCAUUGCCCUACACUUCAAUCGCAUACGCAAACACAAACAACGUCUCCCAGAAGAUGUUGAACGGCAACUUAGCCAGUUGUUGCCCCCACCAAGAGAAUACUAUGCCGGAUUCAUUCGGCAUCCUAUGAGGCACAGACCGGGGCACGUGCUAGUGCAUCUCGAUGCCCUGACUGCUGGACUUCGGUUCCCUCUCCACUCAUUCAUAGUGGAGUUCUUACACCGGGUUGCUGUACUGCCCGCUCAGUUCGUGCCCAGCACCUACCGGAUUCUGACAGGCUUCAUUAUCCGGUGCCACGAGUUGAGGAUCACCCCGAGCGUCGAUCUAUUUCUUUAUCAUUACUGCUAUCAGCCGUACUGGACGACCGGGUACUUGAAGCUGGUAGCCCGUUCUGACCGUCAGCUGUUCACAGAGAACGUUACCCCGCAGGCUGACUGGGAAGAGCGGUUUUUGUUCGUUCGGGUAGGUGAUUCUUUGCCAUUCCCGGACCGGUGGAACGCAUAUCCCGUCCGGGAUUCCCUGCCCAGGGUGGAUGCCGUUCUACGCUCCCAGGCUGAGUCUCUGCGAAUGGGAGGGACCAGAAGUCUUCGCAGCUUUGUCACUGCCUCGAGCAUGUUAUCUGCUGAAAUUGGUGUGAUCUCUCCCAUACCCGUCCGGCGUUCCAUCUCCUCUGCUAAAGGGAAAGAGAAGAUGAUAGCCGAUCGUGAUUCGGCGGGGCAAACCCGAAAAAAGCGCAAAGGAAAUGAUGGCGAUCAUCUGAUCCCGAUCGACCAUGUGGUUGACUUGACCGGGCCGGAGGUUGAGCCCAAAAGUUCAGUACCUGCCAACAGACCAACUCCGGUUCUUACUGCCACACCGAUCGAUGAUCGGAUGUUUGUUGAGUUCUCAAAUAUGGGGCCCAGAUCGGAAGGGAGGUAUCUGUUCGGGUUGAUGCCAUCUUCUAUGUGGUGUCAUACCGCGAUCAAAGUUCCCCCGAGCUUCACUAACUUGACUCACUGGUCGGACCUUUUUGAAGCAGGUCACCAGGAAGCACUUAAGGUACAUUUCAGUCCGUCCCAUACCUUUCUGUUAUUUAUGUUCUACCUUUUCUGACCUUCAUUGUAACCUUGUUUUCAGGCUGGCGUGUAUUAUCACAAAGCCUUUCUUGCCGCGGAGAAGGAGAUGAAAGCCCUGGCCAGUGAUCGGGAUGACAGCCAGGUCCUCCUCUCCGCCGCUCGGAAGUUAGCGACCGACCUCCAAGAGCAGGCCAAAGAGGGUGAGAAGGCAAAAGCUGCUCUGGACGAGAUGCAGGAGACGUCCCAUCGUCGCGACCGGGAGCUCAAAGAACUCCGGGCCAAGGUGCGGGCUGCUGAAUCUGCUGGCAUUAAAUUUGACAAGGCUGUCGGAGAUCAUCUGCCCGAACCCUACACGGUCAAUACCUCUCAGAUUGCUCAGCAAUCGGUAGUGGAUUUCCAACGGGGCAAGGCGCUGAACCUCGCUCUGGAGAAUACGGCCCGGCAAUUCCUAGGUCCUCACCUUGGCCAAUUUUUGCGUGAGAGCUCAGAUCCCAUCAAGGCAGGGAUCGACCUCCUGGACAGCACGCCGGAAGGGAAAUCUUUCUUGGAUGUCCUGACCGAGAAAACCGUCAAGCAAAGUCAGGACCUGCUUCUGGAUAGGAAUCUUGAACUGAUCUUAGAGCGUUUCCCCAAGCCGUUCGAUCCUGAUGAACUAGGCUUUGAUGAUCUGUUCGGGAAUACGUAUGAUCGUGUCAUGGAGAAAAGAUCCAAAGCAGCACCUGACGAUGCAGUGCAGGCAGGGAGCUCUCAGCCUACAUCCUCCCCGAAUGACGAUCAUCCAUUAGUAUAGCCUUUCCUUAUCUGUUGUCUCUUUUCUUGUAUAUUUGUUUUUGUAUAUUCCGGCUAGUAACGCCGAAGAAUAAACUGGGGUUUUUUUUUCCUUUGUCUGUUGCACUUUUUCUAUUCCCUUGAUUGUCCACAAUCUUUUCUACAUGGCCGAACCUCACUCGGCUUAUGUAUCUUUAUAUCUGACACCUUUCCGAACCCGUUUUGAUCCCUUUUCCUGUUCGUGAUGCACGGGUUCAAAACUCUUAGCUGAGGUGAAUUCCUCCAAGCCGUUUUGAUCGUGACCACAGGGUCAAACUCUCGGCUGGGAUAGGGGCUCCCUCCAAACUGUUAACACGUUCGACAUUCGGUCAUCCGGAAUGACUUCACGUGUUAACAAGCUGAGGUGAGACUCUCUUCAUAAUUGUUCUGACACCUUUCCGAACCCGUUUUGACCCCUUUUCCUGUUCGUGACGCACGGGUUCAAAAUUCUUAGCUGAGGUGAAUUCCUCCAAGCGUUUUGAUCGUGACCACAGGGUCAAACUCUCGGCUGGGAUAGGGGCUCCCUCCAAACUGUUAACACGUUCGACAUUCGGUCAUCCGGAAUGACUUCACGCGUUAAUAAGCUGAGGUGAGACUCUCUUCAUAAUUGUUCUGACACCUUUCCGAACCCGUUUUGAUCCCUUUUCCUGUUUGUGACGCACGGGUUCAAAAUUCUUAGCUGAGGUGAAUUCCUCCAAGCCGUUUUGAUCGUGACCACAGGGUCAAACUCUCGGCUGGGAUAGGGGCUCCCUCCAAACUGUUAACACGUUCGACAUUCGGUCAUCCGGAAUGACUUCACGCGUUAAUAAGCUGAGGUGAGACUCUCUUCAUAAUUGUUCUGACACCUUUCCGAACCCGUUUUGAUCCCUUUUCCUGUUUGUGACGCACGGGUUCAAAAUUCUUAGCUGAGGUGAAUUCCUCCAAGCCGUUUUGAUCGUGACCACAGGGUCAAACUCUCGGCUGGGAUAGGGGCUCCCUCCAAACUGUUAACACGUUCGACAUUCGGUCAUCCGGAAUGACUUCACGCGUUAAUAAGCUGAGGUGAGGCUCUCUCCUUCCAAACCCAUAAUUCCGAUGCAUUCCGAAUUGUUUUCUCUGGCUCGUAUAAUCCAUAUUAGGGGUCUGAGGUAACCCUUUUUGGACUGUAAGCAAGGUCGCCGAAGUUGGGUCAUUUCUUACUUAUAGCUAAAAGGGCGACUAGCUUCCAAGUCAAAUUUUAUGACUGAGGCGAGAUUUUUCAAAACCAUAGUUCCGAUUCCCCGGACGACAAUCCGUACCUUAUCCGAACGUCGCUCGGUUAAUCCAUAUCUUACAGUCUUGUCACCAUCUCCAAGCCGUUUUGAUCCCUUUGCCCGUACGUAAUUACAGGGUCGACUUUGGCUAAGUUGACGACUCAGCUCCCUCCAAGCUGUUAACCCGUUCGUCAUUCGAUCAUCCAGAAUGAUUCUACGUGUUAACAAGCUGAGGUGAGAAUCAUUGUCCUUCGAACUCCAGGCCAUUUUGAUCCCUUCAUCAAUGCAUAAUUACAGGGUCAAAACUCUUGCUGAAAUGUAUGGCUCCCUCCAAACUGCUAAUAUGUUCGUCAUUCGGUUUUCCAGAAUCGAUUCUCAUAUUAACCACUGAGGUGAGACUAUCUGAGCGUCAAACUCCCAGUCGUUUGGCUGAGAAUGACUUUCCUUCCAUGGAAUCAACCCGUUCGUCAUUCGGUCAUCCGGAAUGAUCGAGUUAACCAUGGGCACCGAUUUUCUGAGCCUAAAAUCUUCAAGCCAUUUUUGAUCCCUUUAUUCUUACAUAAAUCUAGGGUCAAAAACUCUCUAAACUGAGAAUUGAUUUUCCUUCCAUGGAAUUAACCCGUUCGUCAUUCGGUCAUCCGGAAUGAUCGAGUUAACCAUGGGCACCGAUUUUCUGAGCCUCAAUUCUUCAAGCCGUUUUUGAUCCCUUUAUUCUUUCGUAAUUCUAGGGUCAAAAACUCUCUAAACUGAGAAUUGAUUUUCCUUCCAUGUUGUUAACCCGUUUGUCAUUUGGUUAUCCGGAAUGAUCGAGUUAACCAUGGGUUGAGUUUGUGGAAGUUAUGUCUCCCUCUCUCUCUCUCUCUCUCUAUAUAUAUAUAUAUGAAUAUAUAUAUAUAUAUAUAUAUAUAUAUAUAUAUUUUAGAGGUGGCAACAGCCGUUUUUACUGAUAAAAUCUCCUCAGAUGCUCUACAUUCCAGGUUCCUGCCGGUCGGCCUUCGGUAUUUUGUAGGCCAAACGUUCCUGAAGCAUACUUCUUACACACUUGGUAGGGGCCUUCCCAAUUUUGUGCCAUUUUGCCCCCUUCGAGCGGUUUGCUUUUCUCUCUCUUUCUUAGUACCAGGUCCCCUACCUCGAUUGGACGAACUUUAACCUGCUUAUCGAAGUAUCUUCUUGUGGCUCUGUGAUACUCUUCCAUUCGUGCCGCUGCCAGAUCCCUCCUUUCUUCUACGAAAUGCAAUUCGGCCCGUAAGUUAUCUUCAUUCUGUUCUGGGCUGUAAUGCACCGUUCGGUGUGUGGGAACUAGGAUCUCCGUUGGUACUUUGGCUUGAAAACCAUAGGCAAGGGCAAAUGGAGUCUCUCUCGUGGCCGUUCAGGGUGUGGUCCUGUAAGUCUAUAGAAUGUAAUUCAACUGAUCAGGCCACGACGAGGAGUAUUCUUCCAGCUUCUUCUUCAUGCCAUCCAUGAUGGUUCGGUUCAUAUUUUCUACCUGGCCAUUUGCCUGAGGGUAUACGACGGAUGCUCUGGAAUGCUUGAUCCCCCAUUUGACCAGGUAGUUCUUAAAAUUCCGGCUCACGAACUGCGUUCCAUUGUCAGUUAUAAUAUGUUCAGGGAUUCCGAAUCGGCAAAUGAUAUUUUUCCAGACAAACUUCUGGCACUUUACAUCUGUGAUGCUGGCCAGUGGCUCGGCCUCUACCCAUUUGGUGAAGUAAUCUAUCCCCACAAUGAUGUACUUGUUGUUUCCGGGUGCAGUAGGUAGAGGACCUAACAGGUCUAUUCCCCAUCUUGCAAAUGGAAGGGCCACCGUCAUUGGAGUGUAGAAAGUGGCAGGCCGUCCGGGAACCGGUGCGUAUAAUUGGCAUACCUUACAUUUCCUGGUAUGCGUGAAGCAGUCCUGUUGGAUAGUCGGCCAAUAAUAUCCUUGCAAGAUGAUUUUUCUGGCCAGCGUCUUGGGCCCUUGGUGACUGGAACAGAUACCUUCAUGAAUCUCUUCCAUUACAGCUGCCGCUAGAUCGGGUGGGAGGCAUUUCAGAUAUGGUCCCCCAAAUGUCUUUUUGUACAGCUGCCCGUCCACCAACUUGAACAUGGAAGCCCUCCUCUGGAUGCAUUUUAUUUGAUAAGCAGGAUUUUUAUCUUGCGGGAGGGUUCCAUUUUUUAGGUAGUUGGUCAUAUCCAUGACCCUGCUCGGGAUGGCAUAAGAUAUGGCCUCGAUCUGGAGAACCAUUAUUGCUGGGGUUGUCAAUGUUUCCCGAUGGGCAAAACGUUGGAUAUGAGCCGGGAUCUCCUGUGCCCGAUCGUCAAACGCUGCAUGUUCUAAUUUGGACAGGAUAUCUGCUUCAGUAUUUUCGAUUCUGGAUAUCUGGUCGAGCACCACCUGUUCAAAUUUAUGUAUCUGCUCCUCGACCAUUUCCUUGUAUGCCUUCAUCCUUUCUUCUUUGGCCUCAACCGUGCCGUUCACUUGAUGUACCACCAGUUGACUGUCCGAUCUCACUUUUAACCGAUCGGCGCCCAGGGCCUUUGCAUACUUUAAACCAGCAAUGAGAGCUUCAUAUUCAGCCUCAUUGUUGGUCACCUUAAAAUCAAAAUGAAUGGAAUAAUACGCUUUGAACCCCUCGGGCGAUGUGAUCACAGCUCCAGCUCCACAACCUUUAGCACUAGAUGCUCCAUCCACGUACAUUUCCCACCAGUUAUCCAACUCGUUGUUCUCUGAAUCUUUUUCUGAGGGCCGGGCGGUACAUUCUGCAAUGAAAUCUGCCAGGGCCUGCCCUUUGAUAGUAGGCCGGGGUUUGAAAUCUACCUCGUACUGCCCGAUCAGGAGACUCCACUUGGUAAUGCGCCCACUUGCCAUAGGAUUUCUCAAGAUGGUGGAUAAUGGUUGGGUAGUAUAUACAGUUACCGGGUGGGUUUGGAAAUACGGGGCCAGGCGUGUAAUGGCAGCUAUCAGGGCCAGUAUAUUCUUUUCUAGCAAUGUGUACCUGGUUUCCGGGCCGUUCAACGCCUUGCUCACAAAAUAUAUUGGCCAUUGAACGCCAUCUUCUUCUUUCAGCAGAACCGUGCUUACGGCCAAGUCGGCUACAGCCAGGUACAUAUACAGAUGUUCCCCUGGUUCGGGCUUUGUCAAGACCAGGGGGGAAGACAGAUAUGUCUUGAAAUCCUCAAAGGCCGUUUGGCAUUCGGCCGUCCACUCGAAAGGGUUGGCUUUCUUCAUGAUUUGGAAAAACGGGAUAGCUCGAUCGGCCAGUUUUGAUAGGAAUCUGCUCAGGGCUGCUAGCCGACCGGUCAAUCUUUGUACUUCCUUGAGAUUCCUCGGGGGCUCCAUGUCCACAAUGGCCUUUACUUUUUCUGGAUUGGGCUCAAUCCCCUUCUCGCUCAUCAUGUACCCCAAAAAUUUGCCUCCUCUUACAGCAAACGCGCAUUUCUUGGGAUUGAGCCUCAUAUUCGCCCUUUGCAUUAUCCUGAACACCUUUUCUAUGUCCAGGACAUGGUUUUCCUUCUUUUUGCUCUUGAUCAGGAUGUCAUCAACGUAGGCUUCCAUUGUGACACCCAGUACAUCUUUAAACAGCAUCCCGAUCAUCCUCUGGAAGGUUGCCAUCGCGUUCUUUAAUCCGAAUGGCAUGACGAUGUAGCAGAACACGCCAUCCGAAGUAACAAACGCCGUUUUCUCUGCAUCGGCCGGGUGCAUGAAUAUCUGAUGAUAACCUCGGAAAGCAUCCAUGAAGCUCAGUAACCCGCACCCAGCAGUCUCAUCCACUAGCAGAUCGAUCCUCGGUACUGGGUAGGGAUCCAUGGGGCAUGCUUUAUUGAGAUCGGAGUAAUCCACGCACAUUCUCCAGGUAGAUUGCUUUGGGGCUAGAACCACAUUGGAUAGCCAUUCUACGUGGAUUACCGGACGGAUAUGCUUUAUCCUCAGCAAAGUGGCCACUUCCUUCUUGGUGAAUUCCCGCCGUUCGGUCGCUUGGUAUCGUUUCUUCUGUUGGACCGGUUUUGCAUCAGACCGAACGACAAGUUUGUGGCAUAUUAUUUCUGGAUCAAUGCCGGGCAUAUCUUCUGGCCCCCGGGCAAAUAGCACCUGAAACCUUUUGAGGACGGCAAUCACGCCAUCCCGGAUAUGUGCCUCCAGAUCUACCCCGAUAGCGACCUUACGGUUCGGGGGAAAGUCGAGGUCGAUUUGUUCAAGAAGGGUGGCGGGCUCCGGAUGUGCCUCGAACUCCGUUCGGUGGGUUUCCACCCGCAUCCCACGAGUGUUCAUCUGUUUCAGGGCCUCCCGAUAACAUGUCCGGGCUGUUGUUGGGUCAGUUCUGGCCACCCCUACCCCAGUGUCUGUGGGGAAUUUGAUGCAUGAGUGGCGGACAGAGGCUAUUGCCUCCAGAUCUUCUAAUCCCGGUCGGCCCAAAAUGGCAUUAUGGGCGCACUUUAUGUCUACCACCACGAACGUCAUUCGGAGUGACGCUCUGUGGGUUUCAUCUCCAAUUUCAACCAUCAAUUGGAUGGUCCCUUCCGCCUCGAUGCAGUUACCGGUAAAACUCGCCAGCGGAGUCCACAGGUGGGUCAGGUUGCUCCUUUGCAGAUCCAUUUUCUCGAAUGAUUGUAGAUACAAUACAUUCACACUGCUCCCAGUAUCGACCAGCACUCGGCGGAUUAAAGCAUUGUCAAUACACAUGCUUACUACCAGUUCAUCCCUGUGGGGGCUUGGAGAGUUGGGUAGAUCAGCUGGCCCGAACGUGAUCGGGUCUGUCCUUCCUUUCUUCUGGGGGGGCGCGGAGACGGACCCCACAUAAAGACUCCGCUCGAACCUUUUCCGUUCGGCGUUCGAAUCUCCGGUCUCUCCGCCCCCAAAUAUGACCCUGACCUCCAUUCGAGGCUUCUUUCCGGGGCCUCCCGAGCCCUCUGGCUCCUCUCUGGGAGGAACAUACACAUCAUUCUGAGGCUGGGCGUCACGUUGAACAUCCCGGCGCCAGCUGUUAGGUUUCCUGGCCGGUUUUAACGUGCCCAUUGCAUUCGGAUCUUUGUUCACAUAUUUGCCCAGAUGGCCCCUUCGGAUCAGAUCCUCAAUUGCUGUUUGCAGGGCCCUGCAGGCAUUGGUGGCAUGACCCUUUCUGUUGUGAUAUUUACAGAAAGCAUUGUCAUCCGUUCCCAUGAAUUGUCCAGAAUCAGUCGGGAUGGGAAUAUUGUCCCUCUCGUUCUGAUAGAUGGCCGCUAUUGAUAGGACCAGGGGUGUAAAUCUCCCUUGUUUGGGAGGUAAAGUGGCCGCUGGGCUAGGACCCCGCCGAUCAGCCAGUCUGAUCGGGGCAGCAGGCGUAAUGACCUUAUCCCUGAUCAUUAUUUCUUCUUCUAGGGCGGCAUGCUUGCGCGCCCUAUCUAAUACUUCGGCGUACGCCGUGCCCGGAUUCUUCUUCAACUCUUUGUACAACUCCCCCGUUCGGAGAGCAUUCGUGAACAGGGUGAUGGCGGUAUCAUCCGUCAUGCUCCCCACUGUUAAAGUUUCAUCCCUCCACCUUUUCAGGAAUUGGUUGAGGGUCUCCUUGGCGUUUUGCUUCACGCUGGUCAGAUAGCUGAAGUGCCGUUUGGGAUUGGCACUGGAAGCAAAUUGAGCCAAGAAUAACGUUGAUAACUCGGUAAAGCUAUUGAUUGACCCGGGCUGUAAUGUCCCGAACCAUUCCUGGGCAGGCCCCCUGAGCGUGCUGAAAAACAAACGGCAAAUGGCAGCCUCGGGUGCUCCUAGCAGCAUAAGUCCGCCUUGGUAACUCCUCAGAUGUACGUGGGGAUCUCCCACCCCAUCAUAUAUUUGGCCGGUCGGGGGCUUGGCACCCCCUUGGAUAUCCGCGUACAUGAGCUCCCUUGUAAACGGGGAAGUAAUCCCCAGUUGGACUGGUGCAGGUUGUGCAGGUACCCUGUUCAUGUGGUCCCGCAUUUCGUUCAUUUGCCUCCUUAUCUCGGCCAUCUCUUCCUCCUGGGCCGUCAGAGGGGACGGUGGUGGAACCCUCAUAUCCGCACAGUCCCGAUCCCAAUGCUGCUGAGGGGCCCUAGUAUUUUCCCGCUCGGCAUAUUGGAAAUGAUGACCGACGGGAGUUGGUCCUCUAGCUUGCGACCCGACCGGGGUUCGGUCACUGGGACUGGGAUGCGCUGCUGGUGGGGCGCUACGUCGAUUAUCCCGAUGGGUAUGUGAGCGGGAUGACGCUGUGGUCGUUUCCGCGCGUGGAGUUUCUCCUGUAAAGCUGGAACCUCCUUCUUCUUCGUUUGCCAUGUGCUGCAUGAAUUGGGCCAUGUCACGCAUGGCCUGGGGAUUUCUCCUCAGAGAUUCGGGGAUCACAAAAUCCCCAUUAAUGCGAGGAUAGGAUCCUCGACUGGAUUGUCCCUGGGGGUUUUGACUCCCCGGGGUGUUACUCCUCCCGUGACGGUGUGAACCGUCGUUUGUAUGAUAGGAAUUGAUUCUGACCAUUUUAAAAAAUAGAGGUUUUUUGGAUGUUUAGAAAGUGAAACUUUUUGCAAGUUCCCACAGACGGCGCCAAUGUUGAGGGUAAGUCCCGUAGAUCCGAAAGCCCAACACGAACUUUGGAUAUAUCAGGAAUGGCCUAGAAUCAGGGUGUACGAGAAAAUAUAAGAUCUGAACUAACUAAAACUCGAAAGCUCACUUGUAUUAAUUAACCAAUCUGAUUACAAGGGAUUUCCCGAUCGAUAAGUCGGAAACUAUGCCUUAAUACAAGAAAUAAGAGCAAAAGAUGCUAUUCUAGAGCUUGAGUAUUGAAAUGCUAACCCUUACAAUGACUUGAAACCUUCUAUUUAUACUAAUGGAGAGCAUGGGCUGCCUCUUGCUGAUUGGCCGUUGUUCCACCGACUUGGUCAUCCAUGCUUCCACUUGCUGAUGUCACAGUCUGGCAUUAACUGCACCUGGCCACUUGCUGGUUGGCCGUUGCUCGAACGGGAUGUUGGUCCAUACUGAAGAAGCUGUCAACUUGGCCCAAGUAUAGUAAAUAGUCCGAACCUCGUUCGGUAUGUCUUCUUAUUGGGCCAACCUUUAUUUGGGCCGAACCCCGUUCGGUAUGUCUCCUUACUGGAUCUUCUCACCAUAGAGUGAUGGGCCUGUUACUUGGGCCGGAUAUCUUGGGCCUUCCCGAUCUGGGUAUUGGGCCUCUAGGUCAAUAUCCCAACAGGAUAUAUGAAACAAUUGUGUACAAAGACAGAAGAAUUAAUUGACAUUUUACUGUAGUGUUUGAUUUGAUGAGUUAUUAUGAUCCGAAAUGACAACAAACCUAUUGAUUUGGAACGUGAGAAUGUUAAAUUUGGAUAUCAUUUUUCUUACACUAAGGUUGGGGUCAGGGGCAAAGUGAACUGAAACUGUUUUUAUGGAAAUUUGUAUCUUGGAACCAAUUUCUCAAUUUGGAUAUCAAUUAUUCGGCCAAGUCCUAAACUUGAAACCGAAUUGUAGGCAAGUUAAUUAUUAGAAAGUACAUAUUUUGAAACAUGGAAGUUGUACAGAUAAAGUUUUCGUUUCGGAAAAUCAGAAAUUCUAAAUAAAUUUUUAGAAACUCUCUAAAUGAUUGUUUUUUUAUUACUAAAACUCCAUUUACGGUUUCCCUAUAGAACUGGGUACAAAGAAUUGGUGUGUACCUAACAUAUUUGUCUGCUAAUUUACACCACCUCAGUGGGGUUGGGCAGUUUUUCUCAUCAAUUUUAAUGUUUGGUAAGCAUGUAUUAGUUGACAUGAAAGACGUGAGUGAUGACGAGCCUUUAAAGUAUAGGUGAUAACAGCUAGGCUAAAGUUCGGUGUGAAAAGAGGUUCUAUGUAGGCAUGUCAAUCGGUCGGAACUAGACAGGAACUCCGGUAUACCGUACCGAACUCGGGAAUCACUCAGACAAGGCAAGAUAUGAGGCCGAGCUCGAGCAGACCGAGCUCGGUAUCAGCUCUGACCUCAGGCACUUACGCAAGGUCAAUCGAAUUCGAUAGCGCAGGACAAGAUCAAAGAUAUCUCCUCUAGCGAUGGGCACGAGCACCCGAGCUCUGACCUCAGGGAGCUCGGGGUCUCGCAAAACACUAUGGACUUAGACAAUAUACGGAAGUAAAUGCUGCACAAGGCUAUCAACACGUCAUCACCACCUCCAAAGGGUGUCACGUCACUCCUGGCAGUUAAGAGGAAGAAUACUCCGGAUAAUACACGUGUAUGUAGCCCGCACGUGUAUUCCAGUAUCAGUUUGUUACAGGCAGUUCCAAUCAGCCAACUAUCCAGUUAUCUCUCUAAUCACCUCUACACGUGCCAACGCCCCAGUAGAUCAGUUUGUUUAGUUUGUUAGACAAACAGGACAUGCAAUUUCUCCACAAUAGAAUAACAUCUUUUUUACUUGGGCACAAAGUAUCUCUUUUAGUAUAAAUAUCACAUUCCAGCCUGUGGAAAGGGAUAUGAAAUUAGACUCUCUUGUUGUUACUCUGCUAAAAUACUGACUUAAGCUUUUCCGAUCUUCUUCUCUUCUUACUUUUCCCGGAUUCCGG